AUGAUUAUAGUAAUACUUUCUGUGUUGUUCAUUUUUGCAGCUGAUUCUGUUGAGGAGGCACAGAAAUGGCUGAUUGGACUAGAAUUGCUGAGGAUAGAGACACUGGAAGCUUCGACUCCGGUUCUUAUAGAGAGUUGGCUGAGGAAGCAGAUGUAUUCUGUCAAUCAGACCAAAACAAACAGCAUCUCCAUGAAGGAGCUGAAGGCUCUGUUAGCUUUGCUCAACUACAAGGCCCCCAGCUCUCGUACUCUCAAAGACAAAUUCCUGGAAGUGGGAGCAAAGAAAGACCGCCUGGACUUUGAGCAGUUUCAUAAAUUGUACAAUCUUAUAAUGUUUGAACAGAAUGAGAUCCUUGAUGAGUUCAAAAAGGAAUCAUGUGCUUUUAUUCUGGGCAACACAGAUAAACCAGAUGCCUCAGCAGUUCUGCUCCAUGACUUCCAACGAUUCCUCAUGUACCAGCAAAAGGAACCCUGGGCCAGUGACCUUAACCAAGUCAGAGAACUGAUGACCACCUUCAUUGAUGACACUAUGAGAAAAACCAAUGAUCCCGAGUUCACCGUCAGUGAGUUCCUCAGUUUCCUCUUUUCCAAGGAAAACUCUGUGUGGGACGAGAAGUUCUCAGAGAUCAGCAACCUGGACAUGAACAAUCCUCUGUCCCAUUACUGGAUCAGCUCCUCACACAACACCUACCUGACAGGUGAUCAGCUUCGUAGUGAGUCAUCAACAGAGGCUUAUGUUCGCUGUCUGCGUCUGGGAUGCCGCUGUAUUGAAUUGGACUGCUGGGAAGGGCCUGGGGAGCCAAUCAUCUACCACGGCUGGACCAGGACGACCAAGAUCAAGUUUGAGGAUGUGGUGAAGGCCAUCAACGACCACGCUUUUGUCACGUCAGAUUUCCCAGUGAUCCUGUCCAUAGAGGAGCAUUGCCCUUUAGAGCAGCAGCGUCAGAUGGCUCGCAUUUUCAGAGAUGUGUUUGGAGACAAACUGCUGACUGAACCUGUGGAACUGAUGGCUGAGCAGCUACCUUCACCGACACAGCUGAAGGGAAAGAUCAUACUCAAGCACAAGAAGCUCAGUGUGGAGGGAGGUGGAACCAGUAAAGACUUCAAGAAGGGGCAGAAACAGGGAGAUCUGGAGAUCUGGGACCCUGUGGACCAGCGGUGGAACAAGCACUACUGUGUGAUCUCUGAUGACAAGCUGUAUUAUGCAGAGGAGAACGAGGAGGAGGAAGAAGAUCCCAGGAAGUACCAGGACAUGCAUUGUUCAGAGCCGUGGUUUCAUAGUCGCAUGAAGGAGGGCAGGCGGAUGGCAGAGCGACUGAUCCAAGAUUACUGUGCAGAGAAUGGGGGAAGAGAUGGUACCUUUUUGGUUCGACAGAGCGAUACCUAUGUCACAGACUUCACCCUCUCCUUCUGGCGCAGUGGGAGGGUCCAGCACUGUCGUAUUCGCUCUGGUUCAGAGGGGACACACAAUUACUUCUUCCUGACGCCAAACCUGCACUUUCCAAGCGUGUACUCCCUGAUCCAGCACUACAGAGACAACCCACUGCGAAGCCAAGACUUUGAGUUGCGCCUCACUGAUGCUGUACCACAGCCCAACCCACAUCUACAAGAAGGGUGGUUCUACGGUAACCUGAGCAGAGGUCAGGCAGAGGAUUACCUGCUGCGGAUUCCCAGAGAUGGAGCUUUCCUCAUCCGACAGAGAGAAGGAGAAUCCGACUCCUUCGCCAUCACAUUCAGAGGUGACGGUAAGGUGAAACACUGUCGUAUCCAGAAGGAAGGCAGCAUGUACCUGCUGGGAACCACAACAGAGUUUGAGAGCCUCGUAGAGCUGGUCAACUACUUCAGGAAGAAGCCAUUGUAUCGAAAGAUCAAGCUACGUUACCCAGUCACCCGCAAGCUGGUGGAUCAAUUCAGCACAGAGAAAGGAUGUGCCGCUGUGUAUGAGGUGAAGACAUACGUGGAACCCAACGAGAUCGAGCCCUCACUGCCUCAAAGUACAGCUAGGGCUAUAUAUAGCUACCAAGCUGAAAGGCCGGAUGAGCUCAGCUUCAGUAAAGGAGCUUUGAUACACAAUGUAUCAAAGGAGAGCAAUGGAUGGUGGAAAGGUGACUAUAGUGGAAAGGUGCAGCAGUUCUUCCCAUCUAACUAUGUAGAGGAAGUGUCCAACAACACCACACCUGAGACCAACGAACAGGACAUGGAAGACAACCCACUAGGUGAACUGUGUAAGGGUGUUGUGGACAUCUCCAAGUGCAACAUCCAAAACUUGAGGAAUGGUAAAAAUGGGAAGGCCAACGUGUUGACUCUGCAGUACAUGGAGCAGGACAGUCUGCAGUUUGACCUGGCAGCAGGCUCUCUGGAGGAGCUGUUUAAGUGGUACAAAGUGGGCUGGGACAUAACUCAGAGAGCGAUGAGCAAGCAGUAUAACAGGGAACAAGAGAUCAGACAGCAGGAGGAAGUGGAGAAGAAGGCAGAGGUUGCCAUGGAGAUGUCAGACUUGGUGGUCUACUGUCAACCACGCAGCAAGGAGAAGGACCGCUUUGACCGUUACAGCUACAAAGAGAUCCGCUCUUUUGUGGAGAACAAGAUGCCAGGAAAGAGCCGCACCAACGACUUUCUGCAGUACAACCGCAAGGCUCUGAGUCGCAUCUACCCAAAAGGCCAGCGUGUAGAGUCCUCCAACUACGACCCUUACCCACUGUGGGCCGUAGGCAGUCACAUGGUGGCUCUCAACUACCAGACUGCAGAUAAAUACACCCAGCUGAACAGUGCCCUCUUCAGUCUGACUGGACAUACGGGUUACGUGCUGCAGCCGGAGCUCAUGCGCUAUGAUAGCUACGACCCUCACCAGGAGAAGAAGGUCAAGUACAAAAUUGGAGUUACGGUGAUUGCUGCCAGACAUCUUCCUAAGCCGGGCCGCAGCAUUGCCAGUCCAUUCGUGGAGAUUGAGCUUUGUGGGCACACAGAAGAAAAGUUCAAGACCAUCGUUUAUCGUGAUAAUGGUCUGAACCCGGUGUGGAAAUCCCCAGCAGACUCUGUAGUCUUCACCGUGUACGAGCCUGAACUCACCUUCCUGCGCUUUGUGGUCAACGAGGAGGACAUGUUCUCAGACCCCAACUUCCUGGCUCAGGCCACAUUUCCUGUCAAAGGCAUCCGCUCAGGUUACCGCUCUGUACCUCUAAAGAACGGCUACAGUGAAAACUUAGAGUUAGCCUCUCUGCUGGUCUACAUCGAUAUGCAACAAGCAGUGCCAGCGGAGGAGGAGCUGUACUCAUCCUCCAGCCAGCUGAGAAAAAAGCAGGCGGAGGUCAGCAGUGAACCUUUCCUGUACGACACACACUCCAACAUUCAGCGCGCCGCCCUACCGCUCCAACACAACAACCUGUCGAGAGAGGGCAGCACCAACGAGAACCAAAGGACAAAAGAAAAAAAGAUAAACAACAGUAAGUUCUACUCGUGAAUGCAGCAGAACUCGCCUGUUUACUUCCUUCCUUAGCAGUGGAGAAAUGCAGACUACAAAUCUAACAUCACCUCUAUUUGCUUACUCAAGGAAUUGUGAUCUGUGCAGUUUUAGAGUUUUACAAUUGUGACAAGGUCUAAUUUUUAAUUUUCACACAAAAUAAUGUUUUCUAUUUAUUUAACAAAAUAAACUUGCGGUCUUAAUAUUUUCUCAAAUAUUGAAGUACUGGAAUGUAAUUCUAACGUGGAACUGUGUGAGGCAGUUUGAGGGAAUCGUGUAACUCCUUUAUAAGAUGUGAGGUUGUGACAUUUCCUCUGAGGGCUCCCCACACACAGCCAGUGUCGUGCUUAACAAUGCUGUUCAGUCUGCAAUCAAACUGCAUCAUGUUAGGGGUGGACAACACUGAUAUUUAGAUGAUAUUUAUUUUUAUUUCAAGAGGAGCGCAACUGAAAUGUUAAUUUCACUGCAGUACUGGGAGCUUGUGUUGAAUUAAUCUUUUUUGUCUAAAUUGAAAUUGUGAUGAGUGUAAAACGACUGAUAUGGAGUGUGGCAGUCACACGGGCUGCUGUGUCAUUUCACCAGUGUGACAUUAUUUUCUCUGUGUUAAUAUAUUGCAUUUUUUAAAAUUAAUUGGUCAAAGAUUAGUGAAAACAGAUGAUGUAAUGAAAACAUUUCAUGUAUUUAAUUUGAAGCCAGAGGAUUUCUUAAUUCCUCUGAGACCUUCUUAUGAAUUGAGUCAAUAAAGUAUGCUUGGUGAAAGAAA